CCCUUGGGACACGUAUCAUCCCGGUGUGUGUGUGUCCGUGUGUCUGUGUUCCGGACGCUCCACACGCCCUAUUUCACCCUAUUACAGCCUCUUUUGGGGUCUGAGAGCAAGUUUAAAGCAUCCCCGAGGAUGAUGCAAGAUGUGCUGGAGGGCAGCGAGCCCAUAGCACAGGCAGGCCUCAUCCAGAGAAUAGGCACCAGUAUUAGUAGGCUGUACCAACACUACCUGGACAAAUGGACGCCACACACGGCCUCGCGCUGGAUCUUCACGCUGGUGCUGAUCGCCGGGUUCAUGCUGCGGAUCACGCUCAGACAGGGCUGGUACAUCGUGUGCUACGCCCUCGGCAUCUACCACCUGAACCUCUUCCUCGCCUUCCUCACCCCCAAGAUUGACCCCGCGUUUUCACAAGAUGAUGAUGACGGCCCGGGGCUGCCCACCAAGGCCAAUGAGGAGUUCCGGCCCUUUAUGCGGCGCCUCCCAGAGUUCAAGUUCUGGUACAGCGUCACUAAAUCCACCCUCGUCGCCUUCUUCUGCACGUUUUUCCAGGUGUUCAAUGUCCCCGUGUUUUGGCCGAUCCUCGUCAUGUACUUCAUCACCCUGUUUUGCAUCACCAUGAAGAGACAGAUCAAGCACAUGAUCAAGUACAAGUACCUUCCCUUCUCGCUGGGCAAACCUCGCUACAAGAGCCAAGAGAACUCCCCCAAGCCGCCCGCACACUGACCCCCCUGUGGCCAGACUGGUGGCAGCCGGAUGCUCUUGUAGGUGUAACGCAGGCCGGCAAGGGGCUCUUUUGUACCUCUCGGGGCCGGCUUCUUUUUUUAUUUAUUAUCAUACUUUUUUUUUUCUAACUAAGCUUAAGGUCAUAGAUGAUGCCCUGCCGAUGGGGGCAUUCAGCGGAGCGUUGACGGUCGGCCUCCCUCCCGCCUGGUGUGGUCUGUCAGACGAGAGUGUAUAUUAGUGCUGCUGGAGAGUGUCUGUAUGUGUGUGUGUGCCAGUGGAGGAUGUGUCGAGGUCUUUCCGUUUCAUUCUCAAAUGUGCAAAGUCGAGAACCCAAGACCACAUGCAAAAAUAUAAUGUUACUAAGGCUGCUGGAGGACUUUUUUUUCUCUCUUAUGCUGCGUCAGCCAAAAAAUGAUUAUUAGGGAUGUUGGAAAAUGUGUCUUUGUCAGUGUAAAGAAUGUUGAAGAAGAGAAUAUGGAGAAAAAAUAAUAUUCGUGGUGUUUCUGGACUCUGUGAUCCAUCAGUCGAAAGUUGUUCAUCGUGACAUCAAGAACAAGAAUAUUUUUGGUACAGUUUCUCCUCUCAAAGCUUAUGGGCAAAAAGGUGUUGAUACAGUAUUGUCGAGGAAAAAAUAUCACUAGCACAGUUUCCGAAUUGUAUUUCCUCUAAUCCAUCGGCCAAAAAUUGUUCAACAGGAAUGCUGGAAGGUAUGUGUGAACGUGUGCCUGUGUGUGUGUGUGUGUCUGUUGGGAAAGGACAUUGAAGAACAAGUCCACAGUAUCAGCAUGCACUAUCUAUCAUGUAACUGUUCCCUUGACUACCAGUGUAACAAGCUGCCAAGACCACUGAUGCAAGCACUGAAGGACUGUAUCUGAACGCCUUGCUCUGCUGAGGGUCUUGUCUUACCCUGAACAGUGCUUGGCCUCAGUUUAUAGUGUCAGGCGGAAAGAGUAUAAAUAUUUUUCUCCUAGAUAUACUUUUUUAUAUUGCACUGAGUGAUAAAUGUUAUUAAGUGUUUAUCUCCUAACCAAGAGAGUGAGAGAGGAAAAUAUUACUGCUCUUCCUUUAUCAGAGGAGUGAGUGAGUACGUUCUUUAUCAAAUGGAUGCUGAGUGUUUCCUGUUCUCGGCGUGUAAGGAAGACAAGACCUGCUAUAGACACAUUUGCAGCAAGAAAUGGGAAGGGUUCUCUAUCUCCUUUGGACUUAGGGAAUUGGGGGGUGGGGGGAGGCUUUAACCUGUGGAGUGUAAAGAAACAAGUUUAUAUAUCAGUGGCAGAGUCUGGUGCCUACAAUGUGAAGGUGUGCUCAACGGCUUGUCUGCACCACUCCAGCCAACACUCACCUCAGGGAGAAUACAUAGGAAUACUUAGGAAGAACAGACACGAGAAGACCUGGCAGUCUAUGACAAUUGUGUCUGUUUACUACCGCUACUGCUAGUAAUCUGUGUGUGGUAGGACAGGAUAGAAUAGAUGAGGGAGAAGUUGAGCUGAAGAAUAAAAGGGAACUCCUGUCAGAAUAAUGAAUGGGUGUCAGUCUUCCUGCUGGUAGUAUUUGAUCUUCAUUUCAGCUCAGUUUUACAAUUGGCAUUUCCCUAAGUGUAGUACUCUGUAAAUUCACAUCAGUCUUCAUUCGGACACUAUUUAAUCUUUUUUCAGUUCAGUUUUCCAAGUAGUGUUUCCCUGAGCUGAGUACUGCUUGUAAAUUCAUAUCAGUCUUCAUCCGGACAUAAUUUAAUCUAUAUAUCGGUUCAGUUUCCCAAGUAGUGUUUCCCUGAGCUGAGUACUGCUUGUAAAUUCAUAUCAGUCUUCAUUCGGACAUAAUUUAAUCUAUAUAUCGGUUCAGUUUCCCAAGUAGUGUUUCCCUGAGCUGAGUGCUGUUUGGAUUGGUGCUGAUGAGCCGCUGAGCACUUCCUGCCUCUGAGAAGGAUCAGGGCGAGGACGCAGCACACGGGGGCAAACAUGCAUCAGUGAGGACUUAACAUUGUUGGGUAUCCUGUGGAUACUACAUUUGCUUUAAACUAAAGUGUACAAGAACUCUUUUGUACGCCAACCUCCUUCUCCAUAUCUGUCUGUUUGCCGGAAGGUACUGAUGCAUUAGUUAGCGAUGUAGCCAGAGACGGGCAGCCUCUGAUCAACACCGGAGGCUGGGAACUAGAAAGCAUUUAGCGUGACGUGUAUCCUCCCUGCAUGCCAAGUAACACCUCCAAACGCUGUAUUAGUGUAGCUUAAAGGGGGAUUGGAUCGUGUGUAUCUCAAGCCCACAGUGGAUGUCCCGCCCAAGUGGUUUUCAAGAUCGGUAUUUUUGGUUUAACACAAAAAACAGGGAGGCACCUUCAAAAUUCUCCCCCCGAAGUGGUUUUUAGGAUUGGUAUUUCCGAUUUAACGCAAAAAACAGGAGGCACCUUCAAAAUUCUGACACCAUGUGACCAUUGUUCCUGUGGCACCAUGAUUGCUUAUCCCAGUAACUAAACCACCCUUUAAAAUACAGCCCCUUAAGGAAGCAAGCCCCUCAGACCCAAAAUCUUGCUAUGCCCCUGUUCAGAUGGAUAUCAUAGAAAGUAAGGGAGGGACAAAAGUGGAUUAAAGUUAAAAGAAAAGUGAUGUUAGUUUUGUGUAAGCUGUUUGAAUACCAUGGAGGUAAAAUUGGUGGAGUCAACAUCAGCCCAAUUAAGUGAAUCCUCCUGAGCUGUCAUUUUUACGGCCAGGUGUCAGGUGUUGUCAGGUCAGGCUCCCUCUUAAUGGGCUCGGCCAGGCUUGCCCACCCCCAUCUUUUGGCCGUAAAUUUGACAGUUCGUCGGCUUCACCUCAAUGAAUGGGAUUAGCAGGCCACGUCGACUCCGCUAAUUCUACCUCCAUGUUGAAUACCCGUGUCUGGAUAUGGGGAGGAUACACGUCGCCCUAACCAUGCCACAAGGAUGUGUGUGAGCGUGUGUGUGUGCAGUGACAUCGACAUGAUAAUAACCUGUGCCUGUGGCCUCCGAUGUUCCCGCUCUGUGCGCUCUCCACGUAGUUGUAACGGAACUGUAUAAAUCAUGUAUUACGUAAGUGUUGUCACGCAAAACGCCUCCCUAUUUUUCAUCACUCAUCUUUUGUGUCGUGCAUUGAGUUAAGUCGUGAAGAAAAUGUGAGUGAAGUGACUGAGAGGAUGAAAACAACUACCGUGAAUCAUUAUAUACAAUUGUAAUCUAUUUUUCCGUUUCUGUUUAUACUCUAUUUGUUCGUGAGGUCUUUUUUUUGUUGAAGACUGCAGAGAAUGGUUUAGGUUUAAGGUACAUUACUUCGUACAUCUCCAAAGACAAUAGGGAAAGAGAGUAAUGCUGGUUAGUUAAAAGAAAAAUAAAUAUAUGAUGAUGGACAAAAGAUUAAAAAAGUAUUGAUUGGCAUUUUCACCGUUUAAGAAGGAGGCGCAUGGGAUAUGAUGUUCCUCUUCUUCUGCUUCUUUUUGUAGGUUCUUGACGUUGCCUUCCGCUGUCUUAAUAGCUCUCGUAUCCUUCAGCUUAUUCAUUCCACCUGUGAUUUCUCUUAAUAUUUUCACCCAUACAAUUGUUCACUCUUUUCUACCUCAGUCUCUUCUCAGCAACAUUAGCAACAGUGAUUUAUGCAAACUAAUUUUUUUCAUUUAACUUCCUUAUUUCCUUUAUGAGGUUGGUUGAUUUAUGCACACAUCCAAUGAAGCCCUCAAUACCGAAUCUUCAAACUCAUUCUUCAGUAUACCAAAGCCACACAGUUAAGCCAUAGGGUGUCGGAAACAGUGUAUGAUGACCCACCUCUUCUAGCAACAUGUGUUUAACCCUACAUUCAUUUUUCUACAUGUACUUUUUAUACACUUCAAUAUGCAUGUGACAACUUAGCCUUAUCCUGCGAACGUGUGCUGGGAAUCAUGUGUUGAGGCUGGAUUUUUCAACUGCUUCUCUGGUUUGGUUGAUCACUCUGGCAGGGAGGAUGGGAAGAGUGCAAGGGUUGAAGGAAGGGUACAAGAGAUGAUAGAAGGAGUGCAAGGGAUAAUGGGAAAGGUGCAGGGGAGGAUGGGGAGGGAGCAAGGGAUGAUAGGAGGAACAGUUUUGGUAAAUGCUAACAUGAAGUGCAUUAGCUCGUGUCAGGAGGCCCUCUCUCUCUCUUUCCACUUUUCUACAGCAUUUCCUCUAUCUCACUUUGCUCCCUCUAUACAUUGAUUCUCCUUUCUCUGCAAACUCCCCCACAAUCAUUAACAUCAGAAAGCCUGCCCUCUCUCUCUUCCCUCUAUCUCAAUGUAUAUCUGCUAAUGGCCUUCUCUCUUCUCUCUUAUUUCCUCUGUCCCACUUUGCUGUCUCUAUCCAUUGGUAUGAUUCUCUUUCUACUCUUGACACUGGUAACUCCCCAUGAGGCUUGAGAAGUGUGGGGAUAUAAGGCAUAAUCUGGGCCUCUGUGACUCCGUUGUUGCUCUGCUCUUUGGGUCACGGCACUUCUGGCAAGGCUGAGGAUAGUAGAGUGCAGUGGAAAGGGGGAAUACUACUACAAGCUGUUAUUCUAGACUUGAGGGAACACAGACAUCUAUAUUUCAGUUUCUCCAAAUACAUAUAGUGACUAGGUAUGACUGAUGGUGAGAUGAUUAUGUAAAGGUUCACCGCUGUUUGCUUUCUCACUGAUAAAUUAGUCCACUGAUUAUUUUUGUCUUUUGGGUUUAGAGCAAAAAAAAAGCCCUUGGUCAAAAUCACUGAAAUUGCUAUGUUACGAGAUUUUUUUUCCACUGACGUAGGAUAUGAAAAGAACGAGGAUAUAUAUUUAUUAGUGUUACGGGAAGUGAGGAGUCAAAUUUCACCAGAGUAUAAAACCCAUAUAUAUAUAUAACUUAUUUGAUUACUAUUAGUUUUCUCUGUAUUUGUAAAUGUUACUGUGGUAUUUUGUUACUGUAUAACUUUAAAAAGAGUCAUACUGUUAAUGUUUUUAGUGCUGAAAUUCACUUUUUUUACCUCCAUAACUAAAAUUUUAUAUAAGUAACCAGAUAUCAGAAAAGGGAAAAAAAGCUAAAUUGACUAAGCACAUUAAAGUUUCAGUUCAAAAAAAGUCAUACUGUUAAUGUUUUUAGUGCUGAAAAUUCACUCUAUGCCUAUAUAUUAAAAUUUUCAUAAAAGUAACCAGAUAUCAGAAAAGGGAAAAAAAGCUAAAUUGACUAUGCACAUCAAAGUUUCAGUAUAAAAAAGAGUCAUACUGUUAAUGUUUUUAGUGCUGAAAAUUCACUCUAUGCCUAUAUAUUAAAAUUUUCAUAAACGUAACCAGAUAUCAGAAAAGGGAAAAAAAGCUAAAUUGACUAUGCACAUUAAAGUUUCAGUAUAAAAAGAGUCAUACUGUUAAUGUUUUUAGUGCUGAAAAUUCACUCUAUGCCUAUAUAUUAAAAUUUUCAUAAACGUAACCAGAUAUCAGAAAAGGGAAAAAGCUAAAUUGACUAUGCACAUCAAAGUUUCAGUAUCAUAAGCAUCAUUGGUUGACCCUUUGUGUGUUGAGGAAAUUCACUUUUUUUACAUCUAUAUCAAAAUUUUCACCUCGAGGAACCAGACAUUAGAAAACACAGAAUCUAAAUCCAAGCUUCAGUGUUAAUUAUCAUGUUAUAUUGAGCAACCCCUUUUUUGUGUUACUGAAAUCCCCUGUUAUCACCUCUACAUACAACAUUUUGACAUUUAAGAAACUAGACAUCAGGAGAGAAAAAGAAAGAAACAUAUAGUGGCUGUUCACAUCAAAUUUUUGGUAUAAAGUAUCAUAAGUUGUGUGUAGUCACCCCAUUUUUGUGUUGAUGAAAUUCCCUUUUUACCUCUACAUCAAAAUUUUGGACAUUGAGAAACCGGACCAGAAAGAGGAAAAACAGAACUUACAUUGACAGUGCACAUGACAGCUUCGGUAUUUUAAGUUGCAAUAUUAGCCGACCCUUUUCUAUGUUGUACUGAUGAGCAAGAUUUCCCUUAUUUUACCUCUACUUCAGGUGAAAAACAACAACCCAAAUCAACUGUGCGCAUCAAAGUUUCCGUAUCUUCAGUAUUUUGUGUUAGUCGCCCCUUUUUUGUGUUGUACGGGUGAGCAAGAUUUCCUUUCGUCGUCGGAGCAGCGGCGUCUGUAAAUACCGAGUUGUUGAGUGAGCGAGCGAGUGACAGCCGUGCAGACCUUUUUACCAGCAUCAUCAUGUCUUUGUACAGUCUUGUCAACAAAUAGAUUAAACAAUAUUAUCAUG